AUGCCCUCAUCGCCGCCAACCUGCUCCUCUAGCUUAGAGGGUGAAGAAGAAGCCAAUCGCAUCAGAGACGUCAAGUCAAUUGAGAAGCAUAUCGAGGAUGUCUCAGAGUAUGAUCACCAGCCGGCUGCCGAUGGCGUCUAUAUUGCGUCAGAUGAUAUUCAGGCGCGGUUCGAGCUUUUGCGUGAGCUGAGCCCGGAGCAGAUGGAAGCACUCAAUAAGCGUGUCCUCAAGAGGAUUGACUGGCGCAUGAUGCCAUGCGUCACACUCAUGUUCCUGAUGAAUUAUCUCGACCGUAUCAACGUCUCUAAUGCCCGUCUGGCCGGGCUACAGAGCGAUUUGAAUAUGAGUGAUACUGUUUGGAAUGCAGGAAUAUCGACCUUUUAUUGGCGUGGGCUUCUGCGUCGUUCGAUUCUUCAUUGGCCUGGCCGAGGCACCCUUUUUCCUGCUCUCACUCUCCGUAAGGAAGCACUUCCCUCUAUCUACUGGACAUGUUCUAAAGCUCACGGCCUAGUGACAUCUUCAUGGUAUACGAAAGAAGAGUCCCCUAUGCGCAUGGCGAUCUGGCAUGCCGGCAACACUAUCUCUAAUAUCAUCUCGGGAUUCUUAGCUGCUGGUGUCCUCGAGAAUAUGGAUGGCAUUAGCGGCCUGCAUGCAUGGCAGUGGUUCUUUUUGAUCGAAGGGAUAGCAUCUAUUAUUGUUGCUGUGGCAUCAUUCAUCUUCUUGCCCGCCUGGCCGCAUAACACUCCUUUCCUGUCUGAGGAGGAGAGCCAGAUGGCACAAUACCGUGUGCUCGUGUCCAAUGGCGGACGGGAUGAGACCGUUGGCGGGACGUGGGAUGGGCUCAAGGACGCCGUCAAGGACCCUUUUACAUGGUUCUUUUGCCUCAUGCACUUUGCACUUGUUACUGCGCAGAGCUUCAAAGACUUUUUGCCGUCGAUCAUACAAACAUUUGGUUUCGACACCAUGACCACGUACCUCGUCCAAGCCCCUCCAUAUGCUAUUGCCUAUAUAUUUGCCUGUGCCGCGGCAUGGUCCUGUGGCAGACUCCAAGAGUCAACCUGGCACAUAGUCAUUCCCAUAUUCAUCUCCGCUGCAGGGUGCAGUAUCCUCAUCAGUACUCUCAACGUCGGCGCGCGGUACUUCGGAAUCGUCUUACUCAUAUCCGGCACUUAUAGUGGGCUCAACCUGCAGCUGUCUUGGGAAACGACAGUAGUUCCAUCUCCGAGAGCGAAGAAAGCUGCUCUCAUUGCGAUUGCCAACUGCAUCAGCCAGUCGAGCCACUGGUUUAGCCCUUACUUCUACCCAACUAGCCAAGAGCCAUUCUACCGGAUGGGUGGUGGUCUGGUACUCAUGGGGUGUGCACUGGUGGUGCUGUCUGCCUUUGCUGUCAACUGGAGAGGUAGAAAGCUCAAUAAGAGGUUGGACGAAGCUGAGGGGUGGACGAUGCACUCAGGCAAUGAGAGAGGCUGGAGGUACAAGCUAUAA